AUGAUUCUAUCCUACUUUUAUCUUCUUGCGAUAGCGACCGCUAGUGCUAUCAAAGGAUGUGCUUUCCAGAAUGCAUUCAAGACAGGAAUGGAUGUUACAAUCUAUAAUUACACUCGUUACUCCAAGGAUGGCUGGGAACCUGAAUUUUUCGAAGGCGGCUAUGCCAAAGGCGGUGCUUUCGCUUAUGUGCCACAUUUGACGGAUAUGGCGUUGUCGCUUGACCCAUUCGAAAACGAGAUAAGAGACUUUUUUGGAAUUCAUAUGCAUCGAACCAAUUUCACACUUCAGUUUGAUGGAUACUUCAGAGCUAACGAAACAGGUGAAUACACUAUACAUACGAGAACAGUGAAUGGCGCCCAGGUCCGCUUCGGUGCCGAGGGACCGUGUUGUGAAGAUCCCAAGUUAGGGCUUGCGAAGAAAGAACUCUUUACUAUUAUGAACGAGCCUCAUAAGCAUGAACACCUCACCAAAUCAGCUAAAGUCAACUUGGUAAAGGGCGAAUAUUAUCCUUAUAAGGUUGUCUGGUUCAAUCAAAACGGAGAAUUUUAUCUCGAUAUUCAAGCAACCACUCCAUCAGGAGAGAAGGUAUACGUCCACGAUCAUUCAUAUACUGCUCAAACCGAGAAAAGCUUUAUCGACUUAUGUCCUCAGCCUCCUAUGUCUUCAAGAACGGUUACGGGUAACGUCAAGACUCCGCAAACCACUACGACUACGAUGGAUCACACGCCUGUGGAGGUCGUCACAGUACCCACAGUUACUACUACUGUCCUUCUUACGGAAUCUUGCGAUGAAUGCUCCCGUACGUCUACCAUGCUGUCAUCCUCCAAACCGCAGUCUCCUUUACCUACUGAAACUGUUACUUACACUGAGACUGGCGAUUUCCUGAGUACCUUCACCAAGACAGCAUUACACAAUGGCAAGGUUAUCGAAGUUAUUGCUGUUCCCUACCCGACGUCAUCUUCGGCUCCUUCAGGGCCUGUUUCUACUACGAGGAUUACCAGGACAGGUACUGUUACUGAAACCGUCACAAGAACAAUUCCUUGCUCAAAAGGCGGGACUGAAACCAUUGUUGUUGAAGUCCCCACUUCUUAUACUACGAUGACUUCUACUUGGACUGGUGACUACACAAGAACUGAAACUUUGAGUGCUGGAGACGGUGAAACUGCAAUUGUUGUUGUUGAGGUCCCAAGGUCGUAUACCACUAUGACUUCCACCUGGACCGGUGAAUAUACCAGAACCGAAAUUUUAAGUGCUGGUGAAGGUGAGACCGCAACUGUCGUUGUCGAAGUGCCAACGUCUUAUACGACAAUGACAUCUACCUGGACUGGUGAUUAUACUAGAACUGAGACUUUGAGCGCUGGAAACGGUGAGACACCUGUUGUUAUUAUUGAAGUUCCUGCUACUUAUACUACGAUGACUUCCACUUGGUCAGGCGACUAUACCAGAACUGAAACUUUGACUUCUGGUCACGGCGAGACUCCAAUUGUCAUUAUUGAGGUUCCUACUUCUUACACCACAAUGACAAGUACUUGGUCUGGAGAAUAUACUAGAACCGAAACAUUGAGUGCUGAAGAGGGCGAGACUCCAGUUGUUAUUGUCGAAGUACCUGCUACAUAUACUACGAUGACGUCUACUUGGUCUGGAGAUUAUACGAGAACAGAAACUUUGAGUGCUGGACACGGCGAAACCCCAAUCGUCAUUGUGGAAGUUCCUGUGUCUUAUACUACCUUGGUUACUACUUGGACUGGCACAGAAACGUUAACUAAAACUUUGCCCACUGGCUCGGACGGAUUUGGCACUGUGAUAGUGGGCAUCCCGACAUCUUAUUCGUCGAUUGACAGCUCCACUCCUACUGUGCUGGCCUCGGAUGUUGUGAAUCACGGUACAACUUAUACCACAACAUUUGCCUCAACACAGGGUGAUGGCUCUAUUCAAACUGAUUCUGGCAUCGUCAUUAUUGCAACUCUGGACGGCUCCUGGACGACAACAACUUCUGUGUUCCCCCAUUUAGGAAGGUCUACGUUCACCACUACUAUCACUGAUGAUCAAGGUGAACCAGAAACUGAUUCGGGCGUUGUCAUCGUAACUGCUUCCGACGAGCAGUUCACAACUAUAACCUCAAUGUUUCCCCGCCCUGCGUCAUCUACUUCUUCUGAUUUCCCAGAUUAUUGGAAUAUGACUAGUUCUGAAAUUGUCUCGCAAGAGAUGGCUUCCUCAAUCAUUUCAGAAGAGCUGUCUAAUGUCGAAACCAGCUCUUUGGCACGGAAAUGUCACAAAUCCAAGACAAAGACAAAGACCACGACCAAGAAGAAGACCACUUGCUCGAAAAUCAUCUCGACUUCGUCUGAGGUAUCGAUUGAGCUGAGCAGUGUGGUCAACCCUACCACCAUGGUGACUUCAAGUGACUUCUUGACCUCGUCUUCCUCUGCCUCCUCGAGCCCUAUCCAGUCUUCUACUACAGAGGAAGAAAUUAUCUAUGAUCCUGUCCCCGAGAGCACUCCAAUUGAAUCUUCCGUCCCAAUUGCCACCACUUUGUCAUACUCCUUUAUUACUUCCCAGAAAUCGUCCAUGCCUCACCUUAGUUCGUCCCAUAGCACCUUCCUUUCCUCCACUGAAUCCUCAUCUGUGGCAAGUGAAAGCAUCACAAUUAGCUCACACCCAUCUUCAGAUACGGACCAAUUGUUCAGUUCAGUUCCAUUUGAGAGUUCUACUAGAAGCUCAGACCAUGAGCUUUCCUAUAGUUCCUCUUCAAGUGUGCAUUCCCAAGAAAACACCUAUUCCAGCUUCUCCACCGAGAUGGAAACUGGUGUAACAUCGAGCAUUAUUUUGUCAGAAUCCACUAGAGCUGUACUGCUGGUUCAUCACUCGCAGCCAAGCUCGGCUAGUUCUUUGCUUGACAUUUCUUCGAGCUCAGUGGUUCAUGCGACAAUCGAAGUCGUUGAAUCAGGAUCCUCCACUAAUGAUGCUGCUACAGGUUCCUCGAAUCCUCCAAUGAGCUCUGCAACGACUGAAUCAUCUGGAGUUACAAACGGAAAGGCGACAGAAAGUGACAUUCACUCUACCAAGAUACUGACUGACAUUGGAGACCACCUCAGUUCGUCAGCAACUGUUAUGCCCCAUUCCUCGAAUCACGACAUUGCGCUGGAGAAGAAGACCACUUCCAUGAGUGUCCCUCAAGAGCUGUCUUCAUACAUUCCGGUCCAUUCUUCAGGCAUUCCAGCCUCUUCAGAUAUCGCAGCCAGCUCUUCAGAUGCCCCAGUACGCUCUUCAGACAUUCCAGCUCAUUCCUCGGACGUUCUGUCACAUUCAUCGGACUCUCAAAUACCUUCAUCCUCGAGCAAAGCUUCUGGGCCAUCAUCUUCUGCUUCCGAAGCAGUUUAUUUGAGCUCUGCCGCAUCGAUAAUUCCACAGCCAAAAAGUGACUCCUCCAUUAGUUACGUUCAUAGCGCCAGCUCUACUAGUGUUAGAGAAGAGGAUGAAACCGUCACCUUGUCUCGCGACGUUACGAUAACGAUGCCCACAGACGGAGAGCCUACCGCUUCUCCACACAUGAAGUCUCAUUCUGAUUCGUUGAGCUCGUCUUGUUUCGGAGAGAACUGCAACAACCUGGUGCAAGAAGCUCAUACUUCGAGUGGUCUCACUUGGGGCUUGCUGGCUCAGAAUUCGACAUCCUCGUCCGCUUCAAUUGCCCAAUCUCCGGCUAUCAGUACCUACGACGGUGCAGCUCCUGAGUUCAAGCUGAGCCUUUUUGUAAGCAUGUUUGCUUUGCUUAUUCUGCUGUUUUUCUGA